AUGGGCCACCCAACGGACGAUCCCAGUCGCAGUCGCGACGAUCCCCCCACCUCCUCCUCCCUCUCUCUACACACCCUCGAAGACACCACCGACCUCCCCCCUCCCUACACCGACGAGCCAGAACUCGCACCAGCCCAGCCAACCCCACAUUCCACAGCCAGCCACUUCACUCGCCCCCUCAUCCUAAUCGACAGCGCCUACCACCUCCCCGGCGCCGCCGAAAUCCGCCCCGAAGACAAGCGCGCCGCGACAACAUCCUCGAUCCUCUCGCGCGAUGCAGAAACCCUCUACCGCGCCAUCCGGCGCCAGAUGAAGCUGCCUCCGCGCCCAAUCCUUUCAGUCCGCGGCACGCAUUCCGAGAGCAGUAAUGACGGCAAGAAGAAGCAGAAUAAUACUGUGACGGAUUUCCAAUUCCAGCUGGACCUCGCCGAAACCAUGUUAACGGGCUGGGAGGCGGGACAGGGUGAUGGGAUUGCGAAUUGGUUUACUGCGUACGUGAAUAAAGACAAUGAUGAGAUGCUCGCGUAUCGUGGGGGCAGACUCCGGUCGCGCGCGCACACGCCGAAGAGCGCGAAGUAUGGCGCUAUUGCGUUGGAGGAUGAUAGUGAUGCGCGGCUUAUUGGGGCGGAUGCGGAGGCUGGGUCGGAGAGUCUUUCUGCGGUCGAUCGUGAGCAUCAUGUUUUGAAGCAUAUUGAUGCUGAUUUGAAGAUGUGGUGUGAGCGGUAUUGCCAGGAUCCUACACCUGUGAAGUCAUUUACCCUCCACCGCCACCUGAAAGCAUUCAACAAAAAGACAUUCACCAAUGCCCUCGAAACACACAUCCGAGACCUCAACUACCGCGGCAGCGUCACCUUCGACCAAUUCUCCGCUCACGGCUCAGUAACCGUCUACUCCCCACACUGGAUCAACCGACUCCGUCUGAACCGCUUCGUAUGGUGGACAGUCGUCAUCCUGCAGCUAUGGAUCAUAACCUGGCCGAUAAUCUGGCUCAUGGAAAAACGGUACGAAGUCGCCUCAACACAAUGGAACGCAGCCCUCGAAUCCGACGUCACGACCGGACUGCGUAACUGCUACGCUCAAGGCCGGGAUGAGUCUCAACUUGCUGCAUUCUGGGCCCCGGCUGUGAAGCAGGCGGCAUGGACUCGACGACAGGGCGACUGUGCCCUGUUGACGAGGAUCGAUGCGGAACGUGUGCAGGGUUUGACGACGGAGCAGUUGCUUGGGCUAAGAGAGAAUGAGUCGGCCGCGGAGAUUGAACGGCGUGAGCGGGUUAAUCGUGGCGAGGGAGGGUUUGUUGAUGGGAUUAUUGGGUUGGCUAGGGGUGUUUCGGAGAUUCAUCAGGAUUAUCGGCUUCGUAUGGGAUGGGGCGGAAGUUCCUAG